CCUUAGGUGCGCCGGGUCCAUGCUCCAGACGGGCUGUUUCAAUUUAUCGUUCUCCAUCCAUAAAAGCCGGGCAAUUGGAGCACGCGCCCACCUCCAUACAAACAGAACGUUUCUUCCGGAAUUUGAAUCUUUUUACUUGCGGCCACUGACCACCUCCGCAUCUCGACGCCAAGGGUUGGCACGCUGCGACCACUGCGAGUCUUGGUGGGGAGCAACUUGUCCUAACGGCCGAGUCGACGGCUUGCGACCCCGCGCCAGCCCCAACCCGCUUUGGAUCGAACCUCCCCACCCUCUCCGCUGCCUCCUAAAUAUACCGCCGCGAGCCCCCAAACUGUUGCGCCCGGUAAAUUCAACCCACGCGCGAGCGCCCUCAGCACAGUGCCACCACCAUGGCGGAGAAGCCGUCGGUGUUGAUCAUCGGCGGCCUCGGCUACAUCGGCCGCUUCCUUGCCCAGUACAUCCACCAAAACGGCCUCGCAUCCGAGGUGCGCCUCGUCGACAAGGUCCUGCCGCAGCUGGCGUGGCUGCCGCCCGAGUUUGAGGAGGCCUGCUCCGGGUCCAAGUUUGUGCAGGCGGAUGCGAGCAGACCGCAGUCGCUACCAAGGAUAUUUGACCGGGCCGAUGGGAAACAGUGGGACUACGUAUUCAACUGCGGCGGCGAGACGCGGUACUCGCAGGAUGACGAGGUGUACAAGCUGCGGUCGCUGGACCUGUCGCUCAACGUGGGCCGGGAGGCGGCUAAGCGGGGCGUCAAGUGCUUCGUCGAGCUGAGCACGGGGAUGGUCUACAAGCCCGACUCAGCCCCGAGCAAGGAGGACGACAAACUGAAGCCGUGGAGCAAAAUUGCCGUGUAUAAGCUGCAGGCCGAGGAGGAGCUGGCAAAAAUCGAGGGGCUGAAUCUCGCCAUCGUACGGCUCGCCCACGUCUACGGGCCGUACGCAUCGCAGUGGGUCGCCACGGCGCUCUGCAUGGCGCGGGUGUACAAGGCGCUCGAGUCGGAGAUGAAGUGGCUGUGGACGAAGGAUCUGCGCACCAACACGGCGCACAUCCACGACGUGGUGCGCGCGCUCUGGGCCAUCGCCGACUGGUACGCGGCCGGCCGGGACAAGUGGGACGAGAAGGCGAUGGGCAAGGUGCCGACGUUCAACGUGGUCGACAAGGGCGUCACGACGCAGGGGGUCAUGGCCGACAUCAUCGGGCAGGUGUUCGGCAUCGAGACGGGCUUCCAGGGUCAGCUCAUCAGCUCGUUCGCCAAGCUCAACCUUGACAGCGUCGUCGACGACGUCAACGACGAGCUGCUGGGCCCCUGGGCCGAGCUUCUCGCCGAGGCCGGGAUCACGCGGCCGGGCCCGCUGACACCGUUCAUGGAGAAGGAGCUGCUCAAGGACACGGAUCUCAGCAUGGACGGCUCAAGGUUAGAGCAGGUGGUCGGCUUCACGUAUGAGAAGCCCAAGAUCACCAAGGAGCUCGUGGAGGAGGUGAUCGAGAGCUACAAGAAGAUGAAGUGGUGGCCUUGACAGGCUGUUGGGGGCUUACACUAGCUUAAUGUUGCCGUUGUCAUGUUCGGCAAGGGUCGGAGAGUUGCGGUGGGGUGAGUAAUAGGGCUAACGUUAAUAUGAAUGGGGGAUUAAUUGGGGGAA